AUGUUCGCAAAAGGGCGGAAAUUCGGUCGUGAGACGGAGGCCGGGGAUUUGGAAGGCGGGUGGAGGGCCUGGGGGCGGCCGUCCGCCAAAUGGCUGGGGGCGCUGAGCGCCAUCUCCUCGCUGGCGGUCCUGAUCGGCAUCGUGGCAAUUGUGCUUGGGAUCAUGGCCCUGCGCACAGCCAACGACGCGGAGGAAAGGCUGGACGGGGUCGAGGGGAUCAUCGCCAGCGCGACGGAGGACGUAAUGGCGAUCCGGCCUCAGGCCGGGGGCGGCUCCAACCAGGCGGUGAGCAACGACACGGCCAGCUUGGCGACGAACCAGACGGAAGGGGAGGAAGGUUCUCCUCCUGAGGCGUCAGGGACCAUGCCUGGCCCGGACUUCAACGGGACGGUUGAUGCCGACGGCGCGCUGGCCCUGUUCGAGUCCACACUGGCGGUGGUGGUGCACGGGCGGGACGACGACCCGUUCUGGCACACCGUGCAGCAGGGCGCCAAGGACGCCGCUCAGUUUUUGGGGUUUCAUUUCUUUUAUGACAACCCGGACAGCGUAGACGACGAGCAGGCGCUGGAUCAGAUGGAGAUGGACAUACGGCGUGCGCGCUAUGGCCUGUUUGAUGGCCUCAUAGUCUCCAUCCCCGACAGCGACAGGCUGAGGGACGCCAUUGCCUUUGCUGCCGACGAGAUGCCCGUGCUGUCCAUCAAUGCAGGGCAUGAGGACUUUGAUGACUUGGGCAUGUUCACGCACAUUGGCAUACCAGAGUUCGAGGCAGGACAGCAGGCUGGAGAGAUAAUGAAAGACCGGGGGGUCAAGAGUGCCAUCUGUGUUCUGCAUGAGGACACUGUCCCCUUCCAACAGCGGUGUGGAGGUUUCGAGUUGGGUUUGGAGGGCACUGUCACAAACAUCACACUCACUCGGGAGCAGAGUGCCGAUGACAUCCAAUCCGCCAUCGAGGACGCCCUCGCCUCCAACGCCGACCUCCAGGGCGUCCUGACCCUGGGGCCGACCGGCUUUGCCCCAGCGCGGGAGGCGCUGCAGGGCAGGAUCUGCGACCCGGGCACCUCGCCGGACACCGCCGACUGCGUGGCCUUCGGCACCUUCGACACCACGCCGGAGGUGCUGGAUGCGAUUGUGCAGGGGGAGCUCGACUUUGGGAUGGACCAGCAGGAGUACCUGCAGGGCUACCUGGGAGUGGCGUUCAUGUUCCUUAAGGCCACCUACGGCGUCACGCCCGGCGCCGGGGCCCCCGUCGUGACGGGUCCGGUCGUCGUGGAUAACCGCGAGGCCGCCGAGAUCUUGCUGCAGAGGAACUUCACCUCUGGAAUGACCAUUGGGAACAAGACGGCGCGCGGGCUGGACAUCCGCUAUGUGGUGCAUGGCAAGCCGAAGGACACCUUCUGGAAGUUUGUCAAGGCCGGCGUCAAGCUCACUGCGCGGCAGCACGGGCUGCGCAUAGACUACCGGGAGCCGUCCCAAUCCGCCGACGAAAACGAGGUCCGCAAGUUCAUGGUGGACUCCAUCAACGAGGCCGUGGAGGACGGCGUGGACGGCCUGGUCGUGACCAUCCCCAAUGACAGCCCCACUCUCAGGAACGCCAUUGUGGCCGCGGGGGCCGCGGGCAUCCCGGUGGUGUCCAUCAAUGGCGGGGACGACCGGAUACGGGAGGAGGAGUACGGGGUUGUGCUGCACGUGGGCCAGGGGGAGGAGUUUUCCGGCAGGCAAGUCGGAAAGCGCCUUGUGCGGUCGGGCGCCGCCAGGGCUCUGUGUUACAUCCACGACGCCAGCGACGUCACCCUGAAGGAGCGCUGCGACGGCCUCCAGGAUGGAAUGCAGGAGGUCAACCCGGAAGCUGUGGUGGUUCCGUUCGAGUCUCCGGCGAAUCUGACGUCAAGGCAGAUGUCGGCCAGCAUUUUGGACCUCCUGGAGUCGGACCCCGACAUCGACGCAGUGGUGGCCCUGGGCAAGCCUGCCUCAGUCCCCGCUGUGACCGCCGUGGAGCAGCUGGACAUGCUGUGCGUCGCCGGCAGGACGCCCGAUGGGGAGGGCGAAGACGGCUGCAUCGCCGUUGUCACGUUCGACUUUGAAUUCCCCGUCCUCGACUACAUUGAGGAGGGGAAGGUGCUUUUCGGCGCGGACGAGGGCCCUUUCCUGCAGGGCGCCCUGCCGCUGGUGUUCCUCACGCUGCAGAACUUGUGGAACAGCAUGCCCGUCGGGCUCGUCAACACAGGGCCCAGCUUCGUCGACGUGACCAACGUCGGCCUCUACGAGUUCUUCGUUUGA